ACCUCACUUGUCAACUUGUGGCCCAAACCUCAAUGGCUUACCUUCACAAAUGGGCCAAACGAUUUGAGCCCAAUUUUGACGGUUCUAUAUUCUUUCUCCAACAAAUCAGCCACUCCCUUUGGCCGAAGUAAGACAUCGGCUGCAGGAGAAGGGGUAGGCCCAUUCGCUUGGCCCAACUGCUCCUGUUGUGCUCCUUGCCCAAAUCAAGCGAGCUAGGGUAUGCGAGAAGAGAGCCCGAGCCGCCACCAACCUCUUCCUUCUUUUUCAUCUUACUCGAGACGCCGCCCGCCAUCGUCGUCUCCUUCUCCGCCGACCAGCGAUCCGUUCGGCGGCUCGCCUCCUCAUCCCCGCCGUGAAGGUCGUCGCUCCUCCACCUGCGCCGGCCUCCUCACCGACCCGCCGUCCCCCGUCAAGCUCAUCAUCGCCUCACACCGCCGCGCCCCUGCCGCAUCCGGCCGGUCCAGCGCCUCGGCCUGCCGCGCCGUACCACGCGCCGCCACGACCCCGUCACCCUUCACCGCCGCGCUCAGCGAUUCGCGCCACCGAUCCCCCGCCAAGGCCUGCCGCGCCUCCUCAUGCCGCGUCGCUGCACCCGCGACCCCGCGGUCGCCCGUUGGCGUCGAUCGCCGCGUCUCGCCACCAGCCGCCCAGGGCUCCGCCGCCUCCACCUGCCGCUUCGUCCGCCGCAAUGCCAAGGUCGACUGUCGACGUGGACCGCCGCUGCUGAGCGGCCGCCGCCACCUGCAACGCCGCGCGCCACUCCAUCGUCUCGGUUGUCACCAGGUCGCGGCCCUGUUCACGCGUUGUCUGAGCUUGGGCAGCCCGGAUGGCAUCAAUCAGUUGUUGCACACAGGUCCAGUCCAAAUUAGAGAGCCGUAUAGAGCUCAUUGUAGCUCUGAUACCAAAUGAUACCAAAUGAUAGAACCUUG